AUGCCUCGGCCAAGACGCGAAUUAGAAAGGCUUAUAGGCAAGGGUUCUUCUAGCCAACCGUCGUCACAGACGCACAAGAGUUGGUUAGAAAGUGCAAAGGGUGUCAAUUCUUUGCAAGACACACACGUGCCAGCACAGGAACUGCAAACUAUCCCGAUCUCCUGGUCGUUCGCCGUCUGGGGACUCGACAUUGUCGGGCCCUUCAAGCAGGCACCAGGAGGGUUCACCCACCUCUUCGUCGCAAUCGAUAAAUUCACCAAGUGGAUAGAAGCAAAACUGGUCGCCACGAUCGACUCGGAUUUUUGCGAGAAGCGUGGGAUCAAGAUUUGCUACGCCUACGUAGCACACCCGAAGAGCAAUGGGCAGGUCAAGAGAGCUAACGGCAUGAUCCUUCAAGGAAUCAAAACCAGAGUCUUCAACCGACUACAUCCCUACGCCGGACGAUGGCUGCAAGAGCUACCACUAGUGCUCUGGGCACUCCGCACAUCCGUUAGCCGCGCCACGGGACAGUCGCCUUUCUUCCUUGUGUACGAGGUAGAAGCUGUUCUACCCACCAAAAUCGACCACGAAUCCUUCCGCAUAUGCAACUACAAUGAAUCCACGGCAGACAUGGCCAGGGGUGACGACCUCAACAGGCUGUAA